CUGCACUACGGGACCCUCAUGGGCAGCAGAGCUUGUGUCAAAAUGGCAGCAGCUGCCUGGGGCAGUGGUUUUCUUUGUGCUCUCCUGCACACUGCUAACACAUUUUCAAUACCACUCUGCCAAGGCAACACAGUGGACCAGUUCUUCUGUGAGAUUCCCCAGAUCCUCAAGCUCUCCUGCUCAGAUGCCUACCUCAGGGAAGUGGGACUUCUCGUGGUUGGUGCCUGUUUAUCUUUGGGGUGUUUCGUUUUCAUUGUGGUGUCCUACGUGCAGAUCUUCACUGCUGUGCUGAGGAUCCCCUCUGAGCAGGGCCGGCACAAAGCCUUUUCCAUGUGCCUCCCGCACCUGGCCGUGGUCUCCCUGUUUGUCAGCACUGGCACGUUUGCCCACCUGAAGCCCCCCUCCAUCUCCUCCCCAUCUCUGGAUCUGGUGGUGACUGUUCUGUACACGGUGGUGCCUUCAGCAGUGAACCCGCUCAUCUACAGCAUGAGGAACAAGGAGCUCAAACAGGCACUGAAGAAACUGAUUCACUUGAUACUAGUUCAGCAGCAAUGA